GAUGAAUUUCGUGUCGAAGACAACGAGGGGACCGUGCUAGCGAGGAGAGUCCAAGUACCACUUAUUUUGGCUUGGGCUAUCUCAAUACACAAAAGUCAAGGACAAACAAUCCAGCGAGUGAAAGUCGAUCUCGGAAGAGUUUUCGAAAAAGGACAAAGUUAUGUUGCGCUAUCCCGUGCGGCAUCAAUGGAGGGCUUACAAGUCUUGCGAUUUGAUCCCAAUAAGGUCGUAGCACACCCUAAGGUUAUAGAGUGGAGCAAGACAUUGUCA